AUGAAAGCAUUCCUUGGUUACCCAAUCACAAAAACCGAGCUCAAAGCCCGAGUCGACCUUCUUGACCCUGCCGAAUUUCGCUAUGUUGGUGCUCUCGAUGCGGAAACCCGGUAUAUAUGGGAUAUCUACGACCGUUUUUCAUUCAUAGGACCAUUCCGUCUCAUCAAAGCUACCGUCAAUGACGAAGCAGGAUAUGUCUGUGCUGUAGGAUGGAACGACUGCCGACUGGAAAGGAUCCCACCUCUACUCUUGGAAUGGGCGGAAAGAGUGUUUGGUGGCAAACCACGCACAUUCAUGAUAGAUAAGCGGACCAGAACGUUCAAAUCCCGCAGAGCUGAUGGGGAAGACGAGGACGUGGUCCGCGAUAACAUGCUAUUAAUUUCCAACUUGGAUGCGUUCCGGUAA